AUGAUUUUUAAUUGGAUGAGUAUUAAAUUUAUAAAAGAAAACCUGUUGGUAAUAAUAUCACAGGUUGCAUUAAUAUUUCUUACAUAUAUAUUAGUUAGAUAUCAAUAUAGAUCACCCAAGUCAGAAUUAAUUUUAACUAAACAAGAAGAAGAGGAUUUAAUUAGAAAUAAUAAAAUAGAUUCACUAACAAGCUAUAAACAUAAUGAUGUAUUUGAUAAGACAAUCAAGUAUUUAGAAAAUAAUGAGGUUAGUUAUAAAUUUGUAUCAACUGAUAUAUUUAACUAUAAUAGUAAACUAGAUAUAAAGAGAUUGGCAGAUAAAAUUAUUGAUAACGGUAUUGGAACUUGUGGACCACGAGGAUUUUAUGGAACAUCAAUUGAUCAUAUUGAAUUAGAGGAAAUAAUCAGUGUUUUUCAUAAUAAGGAAGCUGCUUUAGUUUAUUCUAAUUCAUCAGCAGGUAAGAUAAGUACAAUUUGUUGUUUUGUAAAGCCAAAACAUACCGUUUUUAUAAGAGACACUGCUAAUGAAAUUAUAAAGAGAGCCGUUUUAAAAAGUAAGGCAGUUGUAGUUUAUUUUAAAAAUUAUAGUGAUUUAAUCAAUCAGCUUAAGAUAGAAAGUAAUUUUAAAAUAAUUAUCAUAGAAGAUCUCUCACUAAUGACAGGUCAAUAUUUUAAUAAAAUUAACGAGUUGUGUGAUAAAAAAGAAGAGUUGGGAUUUAGAAUGAUUUUAGAUGUAAAUUAUUUUUCAUUAAAAAGAUUAUAUAAUGAUAAGAUAGAUAUUAUAAUGGGAUCACUGCCUUUUAAUGGUGGGUAUGCUGUGACUACAAAUGACAAUAUUGGAUAUAUGCGAAUAAAUGCUAAAGCCUAUGUAUUUUCAGCAUCAUUGCCAGUAUUUCUCAUAGAAGCAAACAAACAAUUCUUAAGUAGAUUAUAUAAAGAUUCUGAAUUUGAUAAUAGUAAGAUUAGAAAGUUUUAUAAAAAUUAUAAAAAUAUUAUUUCAAGUGUAAAUUCACCUAUUGUGGUUUUAAAAGUUUCUGAUGCUUAUAAGGUUCAACAUGAUUUAAUUAGUAAAGAAAAAAUAUUAAUUGAGGCUUUUAAUAAAAAUUAUGUAAGAUUUUACUUAAAUGAUGAUGUAACUGAAAAGGAAAUAGAAAAAAUAUUAAAUAAAAGUAAAGAUUAA